GUCGUCGAUCCGUUGCCCGGGCAACGGGCGGGGAAACCGCCGGCGUGGGGGCCGUGCGGCGCCGGGAAGGUGGCGGCGGGACGGGGCGGGCGUGGCUGGGGCAUGCACGAGCUCGGCGGGGGCGCUUUUCGGAAACUCCGGGGCGCUGAGAAACAUGGCACUUCCCACGCUGCCCUCCUACUGGUGCAGCCGGAGGCUCCUGGACCAGCAGAUGGCCCGACAGCGACACCGAGAGCAGGAGGCCCGGCUUCGGCAGCAGUGGGACCAGAACAGCCGCUACUUCAGGAUGUCUGAUAUCUGUAGCUCCAAACAGGCGGAAUGGAGCUCCAAGACCUCCUACCAGCGGAGCAUGUAUGCCUAUCAGCGUGAGAAGAUGAAGGAGGAGAAGAGGAAGCAGCUGGAAGGCAGACGGGAGAGGCUCAGGCAGCUGCUGCUGGAGGAGCAGGAGCUGCUGGCCAGAGAACUCGAGGCGCUGCGGUUAAGCAUGGACUUGCGGGAGGGAAGAAUCCGGGAGCGGCACGGCAGUCUGAAGUCGGCCCGAGAAGAGCAAAGAAAACUGAUUGCUGAACAACUUUUGUAUGAACAUUGGAAGAAGAACAACCCCAAACUUCGAGAGAUUGAAUCAGCCCUUCACAAGGAGCAUGUGAUAAACUCCUGGAAAAUGCAGAAAGAAGAAAAAAAACAGCAAGAAGCCACUAAAGAGGAAGAGAACAAACGGUCUGAAAAUGAGUAUGAACGGGCCCGAAGGGAAGCACUGGAGCGGAUGAAAGCGGAGGAAGAGAGAAGGCAGUUGGAGGGCAAACUCCAGGCUGAGGCGCUGCUCCAGCAGAUGGAGGAGCUGAAGCUGAAGGAGAAGGAGGCCACCAAACUGAAGAAGGAGCAGGAGAAUCUGCUGAAGCAGCGGUGGGAGCUGGAGAGGCUGGAGGAAGAGAGGAAGCAAGUGGCAGCCUUCCGGCAGAAGGCGGAGCUAGGACGCUUCCUGCGACAUCAGUAUAAUGUGCAACUCAAUAGGCGUACACAGCAGAUCCAAGAGGAACUGGAGGCGGACAAACGCAUCCUGCAGGCGCUCAUUGAGAAGGACGAUGAGAACCAGCGCAUGCACUUGGCCAGGCGGGAGCAGGCCCUGGCUGAUGCGGCCUGGAUGAAGCAGGUCAUUGAAGAGCAGCUGCAGCUGGAGAGGGAGCGGGAGGCAGAGCUGCAGCUGCUGUUGAGGGAGGAGGCCAAGGAGAUGUGGGAAAAGAGAGAGGCGGAGUGGGCCCGGGAGAGGAGCGCACGAGACAGACUGAUGAGUGAGGUUCUGACAGGGAGACAACAACAAAUACAAGAAAAGCUUGAAGAAAACAGACGGGCACAAGAGGAGUCCCUGAGACACAGGGAACAGCUUAUUCAAAAUCUUGAGGAGGCAAGAGAGUCAGCUCGUCGUGAGAAAGAGAAGAGUGAGGAACUGAAAUCGGCCAGGAAACAGGAGCUUGAGGCCCAGGUUGCAGAGCGCCAGCUGCAGGCAUGGGAGGAGGACCAGCAGCAGGAGGAAGAGGAAGAGGAAGCGAGGCAGGCAGAGCAGCUCACCGACACCCUGCUGCAGGAGGAGGCGAAGAUGAUGGCCGAGCGGGGCUACCGGCCCCAGCCCUACGGACAUCCCAGAAUUGCUUGGAACUGACUUCGUUGGUACCAUAAGCACAGAGAGCAGGGACGCUGAGGCUCUUGAUGCGCAGGUGCCAGAUGGUUGUACAGUGUUCUGUUUGAGUGUUUGGGUCACUGCAAAACAGUUCAGUGAGCCUAUUUGGGUCCAUAGUUAAACGGAGCAAGGGCCACACCAGACUAAGGUGGUGUGGAUAGGCAGCAUCCAGCAGGAGGCUGUUUCCUGCCUUUUGUGUCCAAGGUGGGUCUCUUCUAGUCACACGACAGUGCUGUCGCCCAGUCCCAUGAUAGAUUUAGAAAGUCAGACUCUGCAUCCCAGCUAGGAGCUGUGGAGUGUGUCCUGUGACAGGAUAUAUUUUUCUUGUUGCCUCAUGCUAAUUGUCAGCCUCCAGUGAAGACUCCCGCUGGAGAGAUGAAGGAAGUUUCUCAGUUUUUAAACUUGCCAUUUAAAUUUCACUGUUCUGUUGAGAACAAAUUGGUAAGCCUUGGUGCACUUCAUUUUAGGUUUAUCAAUUUAGUGGUCCCAGAAGGAUCACGUCUUGUUUUCUGGAAGAAAAAACUAUGAACUCCAAGACAGGCUGAUGUGCUCCAUGAGUGCUUUCCGGAAAGGCAGCAAGAAAUAGGUCUUUCCUCCUUCAGGAAUCAUUUGGUAGAAUUUCCAUAGAUCACCCUGUGUGAGGUGAUCCCAACAUGUAUGUUACUGAAUCCCAGAAGGGGGCCUCAAAAGGCCACCUGGGUGGCUAGCCUUUUGGCAUGACGUUUUUUUUUUUUGGCAUGACACUUUGGACCUCUUGUGUCUUGUGAAGGUCUCAGCGCCACGCAGCCUUCUGGGAUGUGUGUGCCCUGAGCCUGAAGGAGGUAGAUUGUACUCAACCAGAUUGGCUAGAACUUGCUCUUCCCACCGUGACACAGUUCUAGAUUAAUCUCUGCAAGGAGUACAAGUUCCCUGCAGCAAUAAUCAUAUUUUUAUGACUUGUAUAUUUUUUUUCAGAUUCUUCCUCUGAGACUUCAGUUUUCAUUUAUUGUAUUUAAGGUUGCACAUCUCAGUAAAUUACAGCUAAUUAAAGGGCUAUGUGCCAGGUUAUUAAAAACCAGAGUUUAUUAAAAAAAAGUCCAGAGUGUAAUGGGCUGUAUUGCCUUCCACAUACAUUGUGCACUAUAAAAACAAAUGGAGCAGCAAACUGUAUCCUUAAUCUGUUUUUCUUUUUUUUUGUCUUGAAUUUCUUUGGAUAUGAUCCCCUGAGCACCACUUCCAUCACUUCCAUUAUUCUUGCUCCUAUAUGCUUCCCCGUUUCAAAUGUUCAUUUAUUGUGAAAUAAAGUUCUAGUGUGAAGGGA